AUGGCGCCGCCGCCCUUUGACGGGUACGAGGAGGACCUGCUGGAUGACGAGGUCCUGCAGGACGAGGAGGAGGAGUGGGUGGAGCUUGGGGAUGAGGGCGCCCCCGGCUUCCGCGCCGCGCUCUUCAGCUCGCAGGCAGGCCUGUACGCCCGCUACCGACCAAACUACCCCCCGCACGUCUACCAGCGCAUCUACGACUUUGCAGAGGUGGCCAGCGGCGGCGUGCGGCCGGGGCAGGGUAGCCAGGAGCUGGCGCUCGACAUCGGGUGCGGUCCCGGCAAUGUGACUGUUGAGCUGGCCAAGACGUAUGUCCAGGUGGUGGGGGUGGACCCCAGCAAGGACCAGCUGGACCACGCAAUACAGGGCCCCAACAUCCGCUACGCUCAGGUGGCGGCUGAGUUCCUGGCGCACCACCUGCCGCCGCGGUCGGUGGACCUCAUCGCCAUGGCGGAGACGCUGCACUGGCUGGACCACCUGCGGUUCUACGAGCAAGCGAGGCUCAUCCUGAAGCCCACCGGCUGCCUGGCCAUCUGGUGCUACGACCUGGCCGAGUUUGAGCCCAACGAGGCGCACCCUGAUGCGGAGGGAGCGGAGAAGGCCAAUGCGCUAAUGCGAGCCUACACCUAUUCGGUGAUUGGCCCCUUCUGGGACAACCGCCGCACCUACAUCGACCGGCGGUACGCGGGGCUGGAGCCGCUGGCCUCCCAGUUCCGAGUGGUGGAGCGGGCAGACAUGCGCAUGGAGCAUAUGUGGAGCAUGGACCACUUUGUGGGCUUCCUGCGCAGCUGGAGCCCCUACGCCGCCUUCCGCAAGACCUACCCAGACAAGGAGGACCCGCUGGUGGACCUGCGGGCCCAGCUCAACAAGCUGCUGGGCGUGACGGACGACGCUGCUGCGACGCUGCGGGUCACCUUCCCCGUCUUCCUCCUGCUCAUCCGGGACCCGGUGCAGCCAGAGCUGCCGCCGCUGUAG